UUCCGUUAGGAUGGCUGAAAAGGACACGCUGCUCUCCGCAGCCCCUGAGUGCUCCAGCCCACGCCUAGCUGAGACCCCUACUGCGAAAGAGCUGGAAGAGCUCUUGAACACGGGGAGGCCCUCCUGUAACCAUGUCGAUGAGGUGUGGCCGAACCUCUUCUUAGGAGACCACAUUACAGCGCAUAGCCGGUUUGGUUUGUGGAAGAUGGGCAUCAGUCACAUUUUAAAUGCUGCUCAUGAGACACUAUUUUGCCACGAACCCCAUGAUUUUUAUGGUGCCACCAUUGAAUACUACGGAGUGCCAGCCCAUGACCUUCCGGAUUUUGACAUAAGCCCAUAUUUCUACCCUGCCGCAGAAUUUAUACACAAAGCCCUGAGUAGCCCAGGAGCCAAAGUCCUCGUGCACUGUGCGGUCGGGAUCAGCCGGUCCUCUUCCUUGGUGUUGGCCUACCUCAUGAUCCACCACCAGCUCCCUUUGAUCGAAGCGAUCCAGGCAGUGAAAAAGCAUCGGUGGAUUUUCCCCAAUCGAGGCUUUCAGGAACAACUGAGAAAUUUGGACAUUCAGCUCAGACAGCACUAAAGACAGUGAAAACAC